UACAGGGUGGAACAGUGUGACGGCACAUCCUGAUUAAACCUAUUGGACUGUGGACAGGGAGAUGUGAAAGAGGUCAUGUCCUGCCAUGUUGAGUUGUUAACUUGAGAGACAAGUGUUGCAGGUGUGAAUUGAUGACGUAAUAUUGCGUGGCGGAGGAGUAGGAAAGGGAAGGAAGGCAGAACGGCGAACAAUGAAGCACUAAUGAAUCACUGAGGCCUGGAGUGAUGCACAACGCCGGCUCGAAUGACCUCAGCCUUGUGUGGGAGCCGCCCGCGUUUCACUUCCCUCUGUGGUUCGGGUAAGAUAUCAGCUGGCCAAAGCAGCAACGCUGACGACGAUGGGAGACAAGCAGUGGUGGUUCUCCAAGGACGUGGUUGUGGCCGUGGCCAUGGCCGGUAGGGUGAGGCGCCAUACCAGCUGCAGUACAGAAGAUAGUUUCCGGCGCGUUGUUAAAGAACUUUAUGUAUGGUGGAGGGCGUUAAAACAAUGAACCAUUGUAUGGGGCAACUCAUCUUCCGGGAUAACAUGGUCGUUUACCGAAGCCAGAGUGGUUGAACGACAAUCCCUUUGCAUCCACUAGUGACUAGAGCGUGCUGUGGCUGCGUCUUGUGAAGGUGGAGAGCAACUGAUGUUCGGAAUCAACUUCAGUAAUGGCUGUUGGGAGUUCAAAUGCUUUUGUGUUUAUCACAGAUGCUGCCAUUACUGAACGCAGAAAGAAACCAGUGCAUCCUGCCAACAUUCCAUCCUGGCUCGUAUGUUGGACUGGGAGACUAGAUGCCAUCCUCUGCCUCGCUUCACCUUCCAGGGAGGGACAGACUUCUGCCUCACUCUUCACUCUGCCCUGCCAAUACACGCUGCCAUGCUCUGAUCGGCUGGGAAGUGUAGCAAGGAUGAGAGCGUGGAAGAGCGUGGCGGUGGUGUGGCUCGAGUCAAGAAAUACUUACAAAAGGAUUAUGGUAAUGGAUGAAGACAUGAAGUGUGGUGUGUGGAUAGCCAGCAAAAUGCGUUUGGAGGAGUGGAUGCUGUUUCUUCUUGAAAGUGUGCUGAUUAUGUUGUGUCGAAGUGGCUUACAAUAUGAAGAAACGCCACCAGGAGUUACUCCGACAAGCCCAAGAUUCGCAUCUGUGAGUUUAGCAUGUCAACAACAACUGUGAUGGCCAAUGAAAGUGUACACAAUCUGUAAUUACUAUUAAUCACUUACUUGACCAUUAAAGUUGUUGAAUGUGUAAAAUAGUAAAUAUGAGAUUAAAGUAGAUAAGCUAUUAAGUUAUUUUACUGCUAAUAUAGUUCAUAGUGUUAAUACAUUGGUCAAGGAAAUGACUUCAUAUGGUGCUGCAAUAUUUGGUUGGUAAGUGAUAGUUUUAGGACACAGGAGAUGGUGGUGGUUUGCUUUGACAAUAUUUCACGAUCUUAGAGCAAAUGUAUCUAUUAUAAGUAAACAUUUUAUUAACAGGAGUAUACUAACUUUAACAGUCCUGUAGAGAGUUACUUUGCUGCAAUGGAUUUCAUAUUGGCGUCAAAAAAAGUUAUCUAAUUUUGACAAGACUUCAGGUUCCUUAAUACAAAAAAUUUUGAACAAAGUCUUGUGAACCAUGCAUUUUGUUCGAUUUAAGAACUAGUGAGAAAUCAAGGGACUUUUUAAAAUUUCUUGAGAAGUUUAAAGGUUUCAGGUUACUUCAUGAAAUUGGAUAGAAUUGGUUUUUGUUAAGAGUGAGAAUCGUAUGACCUGUUCAAGUUCAAAACAUUGAAAUGAGACAGUCACUUGUUUCUGAUCAGGAAGCAAAGCAUUGUUGUUCUGUCCUGUCAUGAACUGUUUGUUGUUAAUGAUGAGUGGAUGAACAUCUCCCACGAGUCGCUUAUCACUUUUCAAGAAUUUCAACAAUAACAUUCUGAACCAGAAAAGGUCUUACAGGAUGAUAUCAUUUCAUGGAACCACAGUGAGCAUUUCUUAUUGGAAGAUCAUAAGCUUGCUACUUGCUCCUAAAUGGAAAAUCUAACCUGUGUGAAAGAUUAAAGACUAAGUAAGCUGCUCAAGCAAUGGGAUAGAAGUGUGGCACCAAGCAUUAAAUUUUACACAACACUGUAUAGACAAAGCGCCUCAUGGAACUGUUUAUAUUGCAGUAUAUGUGUAUCGGGCGCUUAAAAGUUACUUGAUGAAAUAGUUCAGGUAAUCUUCAUCUUAGAUAUUUAUUUCUAAAUAUUGUCCUGCUUGACUUGCAAGGUAUGUAAGCCGAGUGGUUUACCUGCGUAUGCCCACUGAGUAUCGUGCUUGCUUUCUUUGCAAGGCAUAAUACUCAACUAGCAGUUCGCGGAAGCCAAAUAUUGAUAACUGUGAAAACUCGUCUAUUUGGGCUGCAUGGU